AUGCUGCAAAUAUUGAGGGCACAAAAGCUGUAUGCAAAGUUGUCGAAGUAUGAGUUUUGGGCGAAUGAAGUGGCACUCUUAGGACAUGUGAUAACACAAGGAGAAAUAUCAGUAGAUCCUUCGAAGAUUGAAGCUGUAGUACAAUGGGAACAAGCUACGACUGUUAUGAAAGUUCAAAGUUUUCUAGGAAUCGCAGGGUACUACCGACGAUUCAUCAGAGAAUUUUCGCAAAUAGCCUUACUUUUGACAUGCCUCACACGAAAAGAAGUUCCAUUUGUAUGGACGACUGAGUGUGAAAAGAGUUUUGAGACCCUGCAAGAGAAAUUGACAAUAGCACCAGUAUUAAAACUAUCAGAUCUGCAGGAACCUUUCGAGAUAUACUGUGAUGUUUCCUACAAAGGAUUAGCAUGCCCUAGCUGGGAAUGA